CUCAGUGGCACUGGCAGUGCAGAAACUUGGCUGAAACUUGACUGCAUGCAAGCCGAGGGCAGCCGAAACGUUGGAUAAUACGCGACCCAUGGCGUCGCUGCGCCGACUCCUCGUCCUCGUGCUGCUCGGAACGGCCCGCGCGGCGGCGGGCGACGCCUGCAACGAGGACGGCUCCUCUGCGGCCUACACGGAGACGAUCACGACCCAACAAGGAGUCGAGAAGCGCACGAUCACCUCCACCGGCUGCCCCAACCACGAAUCCUACUGUACCGGCAAGCCGGGCCCCGCGCCGACCUGCGACGAGGAGGGCCUGAAGGGCUCCGGGACCGAGGCCGUCGAACAGGACCUCAGCGUCGACAUCCCCGCGAAUCCGAUUCUGAAAAGCUCGUAUGAGCCCGGAGAACUCGAUUGUUCCAUGGGCGCCAUCGCGUACGCGCUGAACGGCAUCGGCUUCUAUUCGGGCGCGGUCGGGUACGACGCGGAUGGCAACUGCCCUCAACUCGACGUGGCCGAUCCGGAGGCGGAGUGGAUCUCGUUUGAUUGCUGCACCGGACACAGCGAUUACGACGCCGCCUACCACUACCACUUCCCCCCGUCGUGCUUGCUUGCGCAAGCCAACAAGGCCGCGCCCAUCAGCGACGGCCACAGCGCACAGGUCGGCUGGGCGGAAGACGGCUUCCCGAUUUACGGCCCGCUUGGACCCGGCGGCGUCGAAAUUCGCAACUGCGGCACCUCGGGCGCGCAUUCUACCUAUUGCCAGGACGAGUGCGGUGGUUACGAGGGCGAGCUCCCGGGCGUCGACAACUACAAGUACCGCUACUACAUCACGGGCAAAGUCGGCGACCUGAACACGCUACCGUCGACCCCGAUGCCCGACUCGGAGGAGCUCUAUUACCCAUACACGAUCAGGUGCUACCGCGGCUGCACCAUGAGCUCGGGCAUCAGCGACUUCAAGAGUUGCAUCGAUGGCGUGGGCGUCACCGACGGCUUCACGAGCGCCCAUACCGCUACAGCGCUCGACGGCUACACGACGCCCGUCGCGGUUCAGUGCUGGGACGACAAGACCUACGCCGACUACGGCUUUACAGAAGCCGUCAUCACGCCCGCCGCCGACCCCACGCCUCGGCCGACGCCGGCGCCCGUGCCGGCGCCGACGCCGCGCCCCACACUCGCUGGCGCGCUCGCGGGCGGUACCGAAAGCUCAGCCGAGGCGUCAGGGGGCUCCGGCGGCGGCGGCGGUGGCGACGACGUGAUGGUCGCAGGCGCCGCCGCCGCGGGCGCCGCGCUACUGCUAGCCGCCGCCGCCGCCUUCGUCUUCUACCGUCGCAGCAGCAAAGGGUCGAGUACGAAACAGAGGGCGCGUGGCGGCGGCGACCUCGAGGAGGGCGACGACCGCUCCGCGAUAGCGUUCGCCCGCCACGAGGAGACGUCGAGGGUCACCCAGCGCGGCAUGAUGCUCGCGAGCGCUUUGCUCUCCGUCGGCAGCAGCCUCCCGCUCGUCGGGCGGCUCUGCGAAGCGGCUCAGUCCUGCCUUGGCUCGGCCGAGGAGUUCUCGGAGAAGGCCGACGACGUCCUGGUCGCGGCGAAGCGCGUCGUCGACGUGCUCAACGUCGUCCAGAUGAUGGCCCGGAACGCGGAUAAGCUCGCGGAGGGCCGCGAAUUGGUGGAGCAAGCAAUGCGGGAGUUGGUGGACCUGGUUGUCGAGUUCGACGGCGCCGUACGCAAGUUCGGGAAGAAGGGCUGGCUCCAGCGCGCGUUCAAGAUGCAGAGCCACGUCAAGUCGUUGGGGCGGUUGGACAGACGCAUUGUGGCGCAGCUGCAGACCUUUCGGGACAUCUACCGGCUGUCGGUCGACCAUCUCAUGAUGGAGCGGACUUACCGCAUCGAAGCGUCGGUGGGGCAGCUCGUGGCGGAGCGCGUCCGCGCGACUGGCGAGUCCGAGGCGCAGGCCGCCGCGUCGCUGUCCGCGGACCCCGCGGCGGUCGCGCGCGUCGCCGCGGACGGCCGCGUGGCCGCGGCGGAGCUGUCCAGCGAGCUCCAGGAGUUCAGGUUAGAGGUGAAGGAGGGCCUCGGGAACCUGGACAAGAAGAUGCAACAGAUGCUGGCCGGGCUGCACGGCGACAAGGCGGAACUCGCCGGCAUCGCGAAGGCCGUCAACGCGGCCGCGGCGCGCGACGCCGAACUCAUGAAGGCCGUCGAGGCGGGCGCGGCGCGCGACGAGCAAAUCUUGGCGGCCGUCGAGGCUGGCGCGCAACGCGACGCGGGCCUGCGGCAGCAGAUCCGCGGGCUCGGCGACUCGCUGCGGCGCAAGACGAAGAAAGAGUCGGCGCGGCAGUACAAGGACGCUCAGCUAGAAAGGUACGAGGUGCAGGUCGACGACGUGUCCGAGGCGCCGAUCGCGACGGGGGGCUUCGGAUCCGUACACACCGCAUGGUACGCGGAAGAAGAGGUGUGCCUCAAGAAGAUUAGCAUCGCGGGGCUGACGCACGCGCGCCGCGCGAAGGUCGUCCGGAGCUUCAAGAUGGAGCUCAGUAUCAUGUGCCACCUUCGGAGCCCGCGGAUCGUGUCGGUGCUGGGCGCCGUCACCACGGACGGCAGAUGGUUAGGGUUAGUCAUGGAGUACUGCGCCGGGGGCUCGCUCCGCGCCGCGCUGGACGACGAGUCGGGCGUUGUCACGGGCGCGCUGCAGCGGACGUGGUCAGCAGACGUGGCGUUCGGUAUGGCGUUCUUGUAUGCGCAGGGCGUCGAGCACCGCGACCUCAAGGCUCUGAACGUAUUGCUGACGAGCGACCUCCGCGGCAAGGUGACCGACUUCGGUCUUUCGCGCUGCGACGAGUUGAAGACGGCGCUGACGACGCAGGCCACCGCCGCCGCCGGCGGCGCGGCGGGCACGCCGGCCUUCAUGGCGCCGGAGCUCUUGGAAGACAACAUAUUUACGGAAAAGAGCGACGUCUACUCGUACGCCAUCGUCCUGUGGGAGAUCUGGGAUCGAGGCCUCCCGUGGCACGGGCUCCAGCCGGUGCAGAUCACACGAAAGGUCGUGGACAAGCGGCAACGCCCGCCCGUGCCGGCCGGGAUGCCCGCCGAGCUCCGGGAGCUCAUGCUCCGCGCGUGGGCCCCCGACCCGGCGGACCGGCCCGAUUUCGCGGAAAUCAGUUCGAGACUCAAGGCGUUCAGUCCGCGCACCAGGGCCGCCGCGCGCCCUCCCGCGAGCUCCGCGCAGAACAGCACGCGGUCUCUGGCGAACCCGCGUUCGUGGCUGGGAGGCGCGUCGUAGUCCUUCCUCCCCGAGGGCUUGGUUGCGAGCUAAAAGCCCUUACAAAU